AUGGGCUAUGAUGUGGGCUAUGAUGUGGGCUAUAAUGUGGGCUAUGAUAUGGGCUAUGAUGUGGGCAAUGAUAUGGGCUAUGAUAUGGGCUAUGCUGUGGGCUAUGAUGUGGGCUAUAAUGUGGGCUAUGAUGUGGGCUAUGAUGUGGGCUAUGAUGUGGGCCAUGAUAUGGGCUAUGAUAUGGGCUAUGCUGUGGGCUAUGAUAUGGGCUAUAAUGUGGGCUAUGAUAUGGGCUAUAAUGUGGGCUAUGAUGUGGGCUAUGAUGUGGGCUAUGAUAUGAGCUAUGAUAUGGGCUAUGAUAUGGGCUAUCAUGUGGGCUAUGCUGUGGGCUAUGAUGUGGGCUAUGAUAUGGGCUAUGAUGUGAGCUAUGAUGUGGGCUAUGAUAUGGGCUAG